GCUCUAGACUGUGGGGCGUUCUCACAGCGCAGCUCCUGCAUCCAUAAAUCCAUCUCUCUACCCAUCUGCUCCCCCCCCUCCUCCUGCUCCCUCCUCGUUCCAGCACAGCACAGCUUGACGGACUGACGCACCACUGUGUACCAGGCCGUGCUCGCCCACCCAACCCUACACUGACUAGGGUAGCUCUCUCUCUCUAUUGCCUUGGGUGGAUUCUCCAUGAAUGGAUACACUAAGGGAGGCUGUUAGCUGAUCAAGGAGAGGAACAAAAAAACAGAGGGCAGAGGAAGACGGAGGAACCCACUGCGGUCGUCGAGGAAGUGGUGGUGGUUAGGUGUCAGGUCUGCCUGGCGACAAGCCCACCCUCCUGACAGGUCUGUCCCCGGCGAGGUUUAGGUCCCCACUCACAGGCAGCAUGGCAGGAGCCUCGGUAAAGGUGGCGGUGAGGGUCCGACCCUUCAAUUCUCGAGAAACUGGGAAGGACAGCAAGUGCAUCAUACAGAUGUCAGGGAACACUACAACGAUCAUAAACCCCAAGCAACCAAAAGAGAACAAAAGUUUCAACUUUGAUUACUCCUACUGGUCACACACAACGCCGGAGGACAUCAACUUUGCGUCCCAGCAGCAGGUUUACAAGGACAUCGGGGAGGAGAUGCUGCUGCAUGCCUUUGAGGGCUACAACGUCUGCAUCUUCGCCUACGGCCAGACCGGAGCAGGGAAGAGCUACACCAUGAUGGGCCGGCAGGAGAAGGACCAGGAGGGCAUCAUCCCUCUGAUGUGUGAGGAUCUCUUCACCAAGUUUAAUGACAGCAACACCGACAACAGCACAUCCUACUCUGUGGAGGUGAGCUACAUGGAGAUCUACUGUGAGCGUGUGCGGGACCUGCUCAAUCCCAAGAACAAAGGGAACCUGCGUGUGCGAGAGCACCCCCUGAUGGGGCCCUACGUGGAGGACCUGUCCAAGCUGGCCGUCACCUCCUACACAGACAUCCAGGACCUCAUGGACUCUGGCAACAAGGCCCGGACGGUGGCAGCCACCAACAUGAACGAGAGCAGCAGCCGUUCUCACGCUGUCUUCAACAUCAUCUUCACACAGAGGAAACACGACAUGGAUAGUGAGAACACCACAGAAAAGGUCAGCAAAAUCAGCCUGGUGGAUUUGGCUGGGAGUGAGAGGGCUGACUCAACAGGAGCCAAAGGGACCAGGCUGAAGGAGGGAGCAAAUAUCAACAAGUCCCUGACCACGCUGGGAAAAGUAAUCUCUGCUUUAGCCGAAGUGGACUCGGCACCCAAUAAGAACAAGAAGAAGAAGAAAGUGGAGAACCAUAUCCCUUACAGAGACUCGGUUCUAACCUGGCUACUGAGGGAGAACCUAGGAGGGAACUCUCGCACAGCCAUGGUCGCAGCCCUGAGCCCAGCUGACAUCAACUAUGACGAGACCCUGAGCACCCUCAGGUAUGCUGACCGUGCGAAGCAGAUCCGCUGUAACGCCGUCAUCAACGAGGACCCCAACAACCGUCUGGUGCGUGAGCUGAAGGAGGAAGUGUCUCGCCUCAAGGACCUCCUCUACUCCCAGGGGCUGGGGGACAUCAUAGAGACAUAUCCGGGUCCUGGUCCUGUGAUAACUGGUUUGAAAUACUUGUGCGAUUACAAGAACUUUGUCAAUAAUCGCCAGGCUGUCAAUCAAAGGGGUGAUCUCUCCACAGUGAACCAUGCCAUGACGGGGAUGAGUCCCUCCCCCUCUCUCUCCGCCCUGUCCAGCCGGGCAGCCUCUAUCAGCAACCUGCACGACCGCAUCUUCAGCCCGGCCAGCGAGGAGGCCAUCGAGAGGCUCAAGGAAACAGAGAAGAUUAUUGCUGAGCUCAAUGAGACCUGGGAGGAGAAGCUGCGCAGGACUGAAGCUAUCCGCAUGGAGAGGGAGGCUCUGCUGGCUGAAAUGGGCGUGGCCAUGCGGGAGGACGGAGGCACAGUCGGCGUCUUCUCCCCUAAGAAGGUCAGAGCCCUCAAAAGCACUUCCCUUAGCCACCAUCUUGACAGCUGUUCAACAUUUGACCAAACGGACCCUGGUGAUAUCGGGAUGUCAUUUCAAGCAGAGUCCUCUUUGUUUCAGACCCCCCACCUGGUGAACCUGAACGAGGAUCCUCUGAUGUCAGAGUGUCUGUUGUACUACAUCAAAGAUGGCAUCACCAAGGUUGGCCGAGAGGACGCCAGCAGUCGUCAGGACAUCGUACUCAGCGGCCAUUUUAUCAAGGAUGAGCACUGCACUUUCACCAGCUCUAUAGGGCCAGGGGGGGAAGGAAUCGUCACCUUGGAGCCCUGUGAGGGGUCAGAGACAUACGUCAACGGGAAAAGGGUGACCACGCCCACCGUUCUACGAUCAGGGACCCGCAUCAUCAUGGGUAAGAGCCACGUGUUCCGCUUCACCGACCCGGAGCAGGCGCGCCAGGAGCGGGAGAGGACCCCCUGCGCAGAGACCCCUGUGGAGCCGGUGGACUGGGCCUUCGCCCAGAGAGAGCUGCUGGAGAAGCAGGGCAUCGACAUGAAGCAGGAGAUGGAGCAGAGGCUACAAGAGCUAGAGGAUCAAUACCGCAGAGAGAGGGAGGAAGCCAGCAACCUGCUGGAACAGCAGAGACUGGACUAUGAGAGUAAACUAGAGGCCCUUCAGAAGCAAGUAGAUUCCCGCUACCUCGAGUCUCCAGAGGAGGAAGAGGAGCCUGAAGAGGAAGUGCCCUGGACCACGCGAGAGACGGAGCUGGCUUUGUGGGCGUUCCGUAAGUGGCGUUUCUAUCAGUUCACCUCCCUGAGGGACCUGCUCUGGGGCAACGCCAUCUUCCUCAAGGAAGCCAACGCCAUCAGUGUGGAGCUCAAGAAGAAGGUGCAGUUCCAGUUUGUGCUGCUGACGGACACGCUGUACUCUCCGCUGCCUCCGGACCUCCUGCCCCCCAGCGUGGCCAAGGAGAGGGAGAGACGGUCCUUCCCCCGCACCAUCGUAGCUGUGGAGGUCCAGGAUCAGAAGAACGGGGCCACACACUACUGGACCCUGGAGAAACUCAGGCAGAGGCUGGACCUGAUGAGGGAGAUGUACGACCGAGCAGCCGAGGUCCCCAGCAGUGCGGUGGACGACUGUGACCACGCCCUGACCGGAGGAGACCCCUUCUACGACCGCUUCCCAUGGUUCCGUCUGGUGGGCAGGGCGUUUGUGUACCUGAGCAACCUGCUGUACCCUGUCCCCCUGGUGCACCGCGUAGCCAUCGUCAGUGAGAAGGGAGAGGUGAAGGGCUUCCUUCGCGUGGCGGUGCAGGCCAUCUCAGCUGACGAGGAGGCACCAGACUACGGCUCGGGGGUGAGGCAGUCUGGCACUGCCAAGAUCUCCUUUGAAGACCAGCAGUUUGAGAAGUUUCAGACGGAGUCAUGUCCAGGUGUUAUGUCCCACUCCAACACCUCCCAGGAGGAGCUGCGCAUCGUGGAGGGGGAGGGCCAGAACUCAGAGAUAGGAGUGUCUGCUGAUGAGGUCAACAACAACACUUGUGCAGCCACUCCAGAGCCCCCCAGCAGCCCUCUGAAGGGGGUCUUGGGCCCGGGUCUGGACCUCCCCCUGGAGCUCUGCCAGGAGAAGGCUCUGUCCCACCUGAGGAUCGGCAGCACCUUCACCUUCAGGGUCACCGUGCUGCAGGCGUCCAGCAUCUCCGCCGAAUACGCAGACAUCUUCUGUCAGUUCAACUUCAUCCACCGUCAUGACGAGGCCUUCUCCACUGAACCCCUGAAGAACACAGGCAGAGGACCUCCACUUGGCUUCUAUCAUGUCCAGAAUAUCACAGUGGAAGUCACCAAGUCGUUCGUGGAGUACAUCAAGACUCAACCAAUCGUCUUUGAGGUGUUCGGCCACUACCAGAAACAGCCUUUCCCGCCCCUCUGCAAAGAUCUCAUCAGUCCCCUUCGACCUUCAAGGAGGCAGUUCCCCAGGGUUAUGCCCUUGUCCAAACCAGUGCCGGCCACCAAGCUGAACACCCUGACUCGCUCCACCGCCGGACCGUGUCACUCCAAAUAUGACCUCAUGGCCUUCUUCGAGAUCUGUGAGCUGGAGGCCAAUGGAGACUACAUCCCUGCCGUGGUGGACCACCGAGGAGGCAUGCCCUGCCACGGAACCUUCCUGCUCCACCAGGGAAUCCAAAGGAGGAUCACGGUUACCAUAGCGCACGAAACAGGAAAUGAUGUCGAGUGGAAGGAGGUUAAGGAGCUGGUGGUUGGACGGAUCCGCAACACCCCAGAGGCGGACGAGACCAUCAUCGAUCCCAACAUCCUGUCUCUCAACAUCCUGUCUGCUGGCUAUAUCUGGCCCUCGCACGACGACAAUGUUUCCCUGGGAGAUGACCAUAGGACGUUCUACCGAUUUGAGGCAGCGUGGGACAGCUCCAUGCACAACUCCCUCCUCCUGAACCGCGUGACUCCCUACGGAGAGAAGAUCUACAUCACCCUCUCGGCAUACCUCGAGAUGGAGAACUGUACUCAGCCCACGGUGAUCACCAAGGACUUCUGCAUGGUGUUCUACUCACGGGACGCUAAGCUGCCCGCCUCCCGCUCCAUCAGGAACCUGUUCAGCACGGGCUGCCUGAGGCCCUCCGAGAGUAACCGUGUGACUGGGGUGUAUGAAGUCAGCCUCUGCCACGUGGCUGACAACGGGAGUCCAGGCAUGCAGCGGCGACGCAGGCGUGUGCUGGACACCUCGGUGGCGUACGUCCGCGGGGAGGAGAACCUGGCGGGCUGGAGGCCGCGCAGCGACAGCCUCAUCCUGGACCACCAGUGGGAGCUGGAGAAGCUCAGCUUACUGCAGGAGGUUGAGAAGACCAGACACUACCUGCUCCUGAGGGAGAAACUGGAGGCCACCUUGCAGGCCGGACAGGACGUGUUGUGCAAGAGCAAUGACAUCAGCGACUUCGCCAAGAGCCCUGUCCUCAGCCACAGCCCUGGGGGCAUCCCCCCCCUGGAGAGCCCCAGCCAGAGGCAGAGGGAGCUGGCUGCCAAGUGUCUGCGGCUGCUCAUGCACACCUUCAACAGGGAGUACAGCCAGGUGAGCAGCAGUGCCAGUGAGAGCAAGCUGUCUGAGAUGUCAGCAUCGCUGAUGAGGGAAUCCUCCUCCUCCGGACUGAGCACGCUCACUCCAUCCUCUACUUGUCCCUCAUUGGUCGAAGGACACUAUGACAUCAGACACACGGAGCCCAGCUCAGGAGCCUCCACACCAGACCUGGACCCCUACAGCCCCGUGGACAGGAAGAGAGCCUCCCGUGGCUGCACCUUCGUCCCCGACAUCCAGGAGAUCCGCGUCAGUCCCAUCGUGUCUAAGAAGGGCUACCUGCACUUCCUGGAGCCCCACACCAGCGGCUGGGUGAAGCGCUACGUGGUGGUGCGCCGGCCCUACGUGUACCUGUACCGCAGCGAGAGGGACAGCGUGGAGAGGGCUGUCAUCAACCUGUCCUCCGCCCAGGUGGAAUACAGCGAGGACAAGCAGACCCUGCUACGGACUCCAAACACCUUUACCGUGUGCACCGAGCAUCGUGGGAUACUGCUCCAAGCCAGCAACGACAAGGAGAUGCAUGAUUGGCUGUACGCUUUUAACCCUCUGUUGGCUGGAACCAUCAGGUCUAAGCUCUCCAGAAGAAAGUCGGGCCAGAGGAUGUGAGGAGUGCACACCCUUGUUGGAAAGAACAAACAAACACAAUCUAAAGGCUUAACUGACCCCAAUAACCCUCUUAUGUAUAUAGGUCCCCUACUCUGUCCUUCGCACCCAUCCUAGCUCCCCCCCCCCACCCCGAACCCCUCUGCAACCCCCCCGGUAGCCACCUCAGAACCUGCACGGUGUGUCCUGACCCCUCAUGCUGUCUCUCCAGUGCCCCAAUCUAACUAAGACCCAUAGGUACUCAUGUUAGACUAACCCAAGACUGGCCCACCCGGUGGGGCUUACCUCUGCUAGGUGUUCGGCCUGGUUGUGAUGGUCCUCUGUCAUGUGCAUGUAGAAUCGACAGUUCCCUAGACCAGCGGUCAUUGUCAGAAGAUAGGUAAAGAAGAUUUACACGGCAAGACCUUGUUGAUAGCAGACUAGUCUGACUUGUUGCCAUUUCCAAUGUCAUACAUCCCUUUGACCUGUAUAUGAUGCCCAGUCCCUGUUCAUGUAUUUCUUAUUAACGCUGUAGUCACAUGAUAAAGAUAGUGGUGACAUGGUAUAUCCCUUUUAUAGCCCUCAUAAGACAUGUCUGUGUGUGUUUAGUGCAGGAAACAUAGCAGUACUUAUCAAGCUCAUUCUUAUCUGAACAGCGUAUACACAUUACUGUACCUGUGGAAUGGUUGGGUUCUACAGCCCAUGUUGACGUUGCAUCAGUUUCAUAUUGGAGGUUUGAGACAGCAUAUGGUGGAGGUUUUGGUCCGUGUACCAAGAGAUUCCUGGGUUUUGGUGACAGGUCUGUAUCAGGACAUAGGGACCUUAGAGGGCGAUGGGGGAGCUGUUUAGCUUCCAUAUUUACAUGUUGCUCACUGUGUUGACUUGUCAUGUAACACACACUGCCUAACUUACCAGUGAAUUGUGCCCUUGACUUGUUUCCGCCUUGUGUAGUUUUGUACAAAUAUUAUUUGUAUCUAUACACAAUUGAAUUCAUUUUUUUUGUGAUGUGUUUAAGUUGAAUCACUGACCAGUUUUGUCGCAUGGCACUUUAUUAUCUUGAGUUGAUGUCUCGUUCAUUUACUCAGUUGUUCUAACCAAAGCGUUUUAGUCUGAGACAGAAAACGCUCUCUCAUAUCAGCGUGACAUAGAUUGUAAUCCCUGUCAAUGCCCACCACGUCCACUCCUCUCUUCUGACCCCGAAUGUCUGCUUUGUUAGUUCAGUAUACUGGUAGGAAGCACCCAGAGCAGCUACAAUGAAGGUAGGCGGGAACAAGGUCUGUUGAUGAGUUUGUGAAAUAGCAUGGACCUGUAUUCCAGUGACAGGGAGAAGGAAGAAGUGUGAAAGUGCAUUGAUAUGCUCCAGGUUGUGCCUCCCUCUUUUCUCUGGGUUCUGUUCUCCAGACAUAUUAUCAACCUCUGACACAUCCUUCCUAGUGCUACUACUGCUAUGUAUAGGACAUUUUAUUCACUGUACUAUGAACCUGUUAAUAAUUGAUACAGCGUAUCCAUAUUAUCCUUCAGGCUGAAUACUAUCCAUAUAGACUAAUACCAUACAUAUAGGACGUGUAGUACAGCUAAUCGUUGUGUAAAGUUGCAUAUAAACAUUCCUUUCUUUGCUUUUUUUUACGGCCUGGUGCUUGUAUCUGAACCUACACAGUAUAAACCUCCUGAUAUUAUAUGAGAUCCCAUCGAUGUGGAUUUGGGAAGUGGUUUAAUGUUUCUGAAUCCAUACUCUUACCAAGGUGACCACUACUGUCUAAAGUGUGCUGUAUGAGCGAUAGACAUGUUAAAUACAUAUUUGCUAGCAGUUUGCACAAAGGCAAUUUACAAACACUAAUGGCAUUGGGGGCAGCUGCUUAGGUUGCUGCCCCCGCAACCCGACCCCCGGACAAGCGGAAGAUGAUGGAUGGAUGGAUGGAUAAUGGCAUCGAAGUCUGGUGGUUCUGUGUGAAUACGAUGUUGCCAGAUGAUACUGUGAACUUGUGUCCAAGACGUGGCCAGACAACCACAGGUUUGUGUUGUGAUUUGUUGUCCUUGUUGAUACUGCAAUGGUCAAUAUUUGGUUCAAUAUACAGUUGUGGGUCUCAGUGUGCCUCAGGCCAGCCAACCUGUAGAGCAUUCUCAGUUCCCAUGACUGAAGGACAUGAUGUCACUCAACACAGUUCAUGGUCUUGAUUUAGCAAUAUGAAAGGACUUGUAUCAUGUUUUUGUCAGAGUGUAGUGCAGUUUAGUGGUAAUGUAGCCCAACAACAAAUACAUAUUUCCAGUUAGUUUCUGGUCACCUUGGUUUAUAUUGUAUGACUUUUUAUGUGCACUGGUAGUUAUGUUGCGUGCUAGAACAAUGAAAAAAUACAUAGCUUUAUUUAUGAAUUCCUGUUGCUGUUCAAAGACGGAUAUGAUAUGUUGGACUAUUUACCAAAUUAUAAAGAAGCACGAGUUCUCAUUUUGAUCAAAUAUCAUGAUUCUUAAGCUGAAGCUUGUAUAGAAAGAUGAGGAAGGGUGGUUCAAAUCCUUUGAAAGAGAGAUGUCUUGUUCGAAGGUAUGCUUUCAUCACUUCACCAUCUGAAACAUUUACUGUACAGUUGACCAAUGACUUUGUCUGCUUUUUAUUCCAAACAUUAGGAUGUCUGGCUUUACAUCAUUUAAAAGGAAAUCACAUCACAAGUUGAAAAGAAAACAAUAUUUCUGUGAACUGGUUAUACCGUGUAAAAGAUUAUGGGUAGGUUCUUUUGGAAUGUUUGUUUGUUUUUUUUUGUUUUUUUUAUUGCCAUAUUUUGGGAUCUGAGCAUGUAGAUCCAGCUCCCUCACUACACCUCUCUCUCUCUCUCUCUCUCUCUCUCUCUCUCUCUCUCUCUCUCUCUCUCUCUCUCUCUCUCUCUCUCUCUCUCUCUCUCUCUCACUCUCUCUCUCCCUCUCUCUCUCUCUCUCUCUCUCUCUCACUCCCUCUCUCUCUCUCUCUCUCUCUCUCUCUCUCUCUCUCUCUCUCUCUCUCUCUCCCUCUCUCUCUCUCUCUUUCUCUCACUCUCUCUCUCUCUCUCUCUCUCUCUCUGUAUGUCUCCCUUUACCUCUUUAUCUAUCUCUCUCCCUCUCUCCUCUCUGCUUGCUAUUACUGUAACGUCAGGUUUCUUCAGUUCGGUCCUGUUGAGAAACCCCCUCCAUGUAAUGCCUCUCACUAUAGCUUGUCAUCGGCGGUGUCUUGUAUAUAAAACCUGAUUGCUGUGGUCAGUCCAAUCACACGAAUCAUGUUACAGUAACCCUCCCUUCCCCCUUUCUACCAUUAGAAUAACUGGCCUGUGAUGAUGAUGAUGUAAUCUCAGUUCUCUGCUCACGUUCUCUUUGAGUGUACUGGAGUUCUGGUGUCUUCUAAUGUUUGUGGACAGGUAACAAAGUUGGUAAAAAAAGUUAAAUAAAUGUGAAACUUAUGCAACA